AUGAAGCUUGCUCUUUCUUUCCUUUUAGGCUUGGGUUGGCUGGCCAACGCUGCCUACAUCCCUUCCGUGAGCACCAACGUUACCGGGAUUGAGUCUCGAAGUACUGUUGGACUACGCUCUGUGGCAUAUUUCGUGAACUGGGCCAUCUACGGACGCAACUACCAACCUCAGGAUCUGCCCGUCGAGAAGCUAACCCACGUCUUGUAUGCUUUCGCCAACAUUCGCUCUGAUGGAACUGUCUAUCUUUCUGAUACUUGGUCCGACACCGAUAAGCACUACCCGAGUGACUCCUGGAGUGUUAUCGGAAAUAAUGUCUAUGGCAGUAUUAAGCAGCUUUUUCUGUUGAAGAAGAGAAAUCGCAACCUCAAGGUUCUUCUAUCGAUUGGGGGCUGGACUUACUCUCCCAACUUUGCCCCUGCUUUUGAUUCGGACUCGGGACGGCAGCGAUUUGCCAAUUCUUCUACUGAGUUGGUGAAGAAUUUGGGCCUUGAUGGCAUCGACGUUGACUAUGAGUAUCCCAAAAGCGAUGACCAGGCGAACAAGUUUGUCGAUGCACUUCGGCGACUGCGCGGGGCUCUUGAUAAGUACAGCUCAUCAAGUGCAGAUGGGUAUCACUUCUUGGUCACAGUCGCCUCCCCAGCUGGCCCAACCAACUACUGCCAACUCCAUCUGGGCCAGAUGGACCAGUACCUCGACUUUUGGAACCUGAUGGCCUACGACUACUCCGGCAGCUGGGACACCAUCGCCGGCCACGACGCCAACAUCUAUGCCUCCACCGUCGACCCGUCGAGUACGCCGUUCAAUACAGAUCAAGCAAUCAACUACUACACUGCGAAAGGAGUCGCUACAAACAAAAUUGUGAUGGGAAUGCCACUCUACGGUCGCGCAUUCACCAACACCGACGGCCCCGGAGAACCAUUUAAUGGUAUUGGAGGGGGAACCUGGGAGAACGGCAUAUGGGACUACAAGGGCGUUCCUCUGCCCGACUGUGCAGUGACCGAACUGUAUCAGCUAGGUGCUAGCUACUGCUAUGAUCAGGGAGAACGCCUACUUAUUAGCUAUGACACGCCGGCCAUCGCCCGCCAGAAAGCACAGUACAUCCGGUCCAAGGGACUGGGAGGUGGGAUGUGGUGGGAAAGUAGCAGUGACAAGACAGGCGGCGAUAGUUUGAUUUCUACCGUUGUGGAUUCCUUUGGAGGCGCCGGUGCUCUCGAGCAGAGCGAAAAUCAGCUGGGCUAUCCUGCCUCCAAGUACGAUAACUUGAAGAGGGGCUUUGUUUAG